AUGAAGCUCUCCCAUACCCUCCUUUUUGCUCUCCCCCUCCUCCAACCAGCCACCGCUCUGGUAGGAAUUUCGUGGAGUCUUUCCAACGUCACGAAAUCCGGCGUGAGCGAAAUCACCUUCCCAAUGAACAUCCGCAACGCAACCCAUGAGGCCGGCUUCUACUUCGCACAGCAAUUCAACUUCGCCGGCCAGUCCGACGUAGGCUACACAGGGCUGCAGCCACGCGCCGAUAAAAACUCCAAGCCCGUCAUUCACGCCGCGUUUUCCAGCUUCAUUGCUGGCACAAAAUCCACGGACGAGAACUGCAGUGAUGGCGCCGAUGGCGGCGCCGGUGUGAGCUGUGCUGUUGAUAUCGAGGGCUCAUACGCACACACUUACUUGCUGCAUAUCAAUAACACCAUUGGAACAACUUGGGUGGGCACUUUGAUUGACUCUGUCAGUGGGAGCGAGACUCGCAUUGGCUCGUAUACCCUUCCUGGUGGAUCGGGUGGUAUUCAAGGCUCACAGAUGGGCUUUGUUGAAUAUUAUCCGUGGAAUGGGAUGGAUAGUCAUCAGUGUGGUGAUUUACCAAAGACGAGUGUUACCUUUGGGAAGCCUGUUUCUAGGGGUCAUGCUGGUGGCUUGCAGAAGGCUUAUGAAUAUGGCGAUUGCGUUGGAAAGGCUAGGUUUGAGACUCAUUAUACUCUCGGAGGAGUCGAGGCUUCUGUUGGGUUUUGA